ACGCAGCUCUAAAUGCCGCCCCGAGCCUCGCACUUCCAUGGUGACGAAUCCAAACCGGAGAUCGUCGGCGCUCUUUUCAAACCACUUUACCGCGGAAACGUGUCAACUCAGAGCCGAUGAUUGUCUGACUACCAGAGAAAUAUAUGCCACCCUAUAAUGAGGCUCGUGCAAGUCACCGGUCCAAGAAAAGGGAAGCUUACUGUCGGUGAUGUAGAGUUACGCUGGACGAGCUAACGCUAGCCACCAGGAAAGCACUUCCAGGUUAGGUUUAUAGCAGUCGCUGAGGUCGAUAUUGGCUGAUAUCAAGGUGCAUCCUGACAUCCCAACCAUGACCAGCAAUGCAGAAAGGAAGUUUCUCAAUUUGCGAAAACGUCUGGAUCAGCUGGGCUACCGGCAGCCACUGGGAAUUGAGUCGCUACCACUUGUGGAGAAACUCUUCAGUGACUUGGUCCACACCACUGAAAGUCUACGCAAUGCCAAACUGUCAGCAGGGAAGACUGAGAAAGAAAGCCGAAACGUUGACUCUCUUCUGGAGCCAUACAGGACAGAGAAUGCCCGAGUGAUCAGGGAAAACAAUGAGCUACACCUUGAGCUCCUGAAACUGAAGGAGGAGAAAGAUCGUGUCAUUGGAGAGCUCAAAACCCACAUCAGAAAACUGGACCACGAGACGACUGAUCUGAAGUUUUUAAAUAAUCAGUAUGUGCACAAGGUUCGCUGCCUGGAGAAGGAUAGCAAGGCCAAGUCUGAACGCAUCCAGCAGCUUCAGGAGAAGAACCUGCAAGCUGUUGUGCAGACACCAGGUGGAAAAAAGCGCAGUAUUCCUUUCAGACGGCAGAGAAUGCAGAUUGAUGAGCUUGUACCUCCGUCUUCUACAUCAGCGUAUCCUGUGCAGCAGCCUGAUGAUCCCUAUAUAGCGGACCUGCUGCAGCUGGCAGAUGGAAGAAUCCAGGAGUUACAUGAAGACAUCGUGAAAUUAAAACUAGACCUCGAAAAUGCUCAGGAAUUUGCAAAACGUUUAAAUACACAGGUGGAGGAGAGGGACAGAGAGAUUGACCGCCUGAAUCGCGCACUUUGUGGGGGGCGACCUCAUGAUGUAAUUUCCCUUGAAGCUCAGAACAUCAGCAAUGAAAAACUGAUCGCCCACCUUAACCUGCAGAUUGAUUACUUACAGGAGACCAACAGGACACUGGAGCAGAAAAUAGACGGACUGCGGCAGAAAAAACAGGAUGCCUCCACCGAAGUAGCCAAUCUGUCUUUAAAGAACCUGGAACUGUGUGAAGAGCUGACGCACAUCGACGAUCUCGCGAAGAGGAUGGAGAUGGACAAAGAGCGCGUGCUGGAAACGGCUGAUAUGGAGCUACAAGACACUAAAAAAGAAAUUCAAAGGCAGCAGAAAAUGAUCAAAGAUCUGGAGGAUAUUAUCACAAACACAAGAAGGGAGCAGUCUGAAAGUGACUUUGAAAAAGAUCGUCUGAGAGAUCAGCUGGUGGACCUCAAAGAGCAGAAUGAGAAGAUGGAGGGACUGGUGAAUUUCCUGGAGGAUGAGAAAACUAGGCUUCAGGACAAAGUGGAGAAAAUGGCGGCAGCCGACAAAGAUCUGGUGCUGGAGUUGGAGGCCAUGCGUGCAAAAUAUGGCGUUUGUGGAAGGGAACGCUCCCCAUCUCGUCUCGAUGCGUUUGUCAAGAGUCUAGAAGAGGAGAGGGAUUGCUAUCGCAAAGAAGCUGAGCGCUACAAAAGGGCCAGAGGAGCCGGUGCUCGUGACUUAAGCCCCAGUUCUAGUCCAAGUAGGGGCAGGAGUCCAGGGUCCAAAGUGGUCAGGGCAAGUGUUGCAGAAGCAGAGCUUCUUCAUGUAAUUAAGGAAAGAGAUGAGCUGAAGGUCGCUCUGGCGGACUUUGAGAAGCACUUGGAGGACAUUCAGAAUGAUGUGAAGGCCCUCAGCAAUGAGAGGGACCAUUUCAAAACCCUCUUUAAACAAGCUCAAGAUGACCUGAAGCUGGCCCGCAGAGGAGAUGUGUCGAGUAAUGUCAUGAAACUACAGGAGGAGAUAAAACGAACAGAAGCAAAACUCGAGCAGAUGACAACUGAAAGAGACACACUGAUGGAGAGGUUAAAGGUCACUCAGACUUCAGCUCUAACAGACAGACAAGGAGAGGAGAGGAGGAUUCUCGACCUUGUGAACACUGUUCAGAGUUUGGAACGGGAGAGACUGGACCUCCAAUCACAAGUACGCCUGCUGAAGGAGAGCAAGAAGGCUGCAGAGGAGGAGCUGAAGGUUCGGUCCGCUGCUCUGGUCCACAGUGCAGAGGAGGUCACGCAGCAGAAGGCUGAGUCUAACGCUCUGAGGCUGCUACAGGAGCAGAUGGAGAAGUCAUUGUCUGAUACUCAGCACAGGCUGUCUGUGAAGAUGAAUGAGCUGCAUGCCGCCCAUGUGCAGAUUGACAAACUUGAGGAGAAAAUGGGGGAGCUGAGUCAGCAGAGCUCCAAGCACAAGGAGGAAGUAGCCGUCCUUCAGAAGUCAAUCUCUGCCCUGGAUAAAGAAAAAGAUGCUCUGCAGGAUGAGGUGGACCAAAAGACUGAGAAACUGGUCGCUCUGCAGGAGGAACUAACCAACAAGGAAAAGACCCUUGAAGAUGUGAGACUCACAGUCACAAACAUGGACAGCUCAUUAGCUCAGCUGAAAGGAGCGUUAAACAGUCGCGAGAGGGAGCUGAGCAGCCUCCGGAGACAGCUGGAUGCGUCUCAGGAGGAGCUGGCUGCACUCAGGAGAGAGAGAGAAGUUACAAUCCGAGAGAACAGGAGACUGCAAGAUGACCUGGCCACAAUGACCAGAGAGAACCAAGCUGUACAUGUGGAAAUGGAAGAGGCUUUGCAUGAGAAGGAUGAGCUGAAGAUGAGGGUCCAUGCUUACAUUUCUGAAGUGGCCAGAAUAGAGAAACUUAUUACCUCAAAGGAGCAGGACAACAGGGAUUUGCUGGAGCGGUUCAGGUUGGCGCACAUCGAGAUGGAGGAGAGGCAGCAAAAGUUACUGCAGGCUGAAGGCCUGAGUAACUCCAUCCGCCUGGAGCUGCUCUCUUCAGACACAGAACGCAGACGCCUCCGAGACGCUGUCGGACAACAGGAGAAAGAAAUGCAGCAGCACACGCAGGCGCUCCAGGCUUAUGAGGCCCAAGUUUCCUCACUGGUUCGUGGGAUGUCCCGACUAGAGGAAGAGCUACAGAAAGCACAGGAAGAGAAGGCCGCUCUCCUCUCUGAUCUGGCUUCUGUUAGGGAGCUCUGCGUUAAACUGGACUCCGGCAAGGAACUCAUCGCACGUCAGCUCACCUCCAAAAGCAUGGACCUCGAGCGGGUCACGGGAGAACUGGAGGAUGUCCAGUCGGAGGCGGAGCUUCUCAAGAAGCAGCUAGCCAGCGAGAGGCUGACUGUGCGCAACCUCGAGACGUUACUCUCCACAAAUCGGCAAAAGGAGUUCCAAACGCAUCUGACGGUCAGCGAACGAGAGUCGGAGCUGAAACUGCUGCGUGACCGGCUCACCCUGGCUGAUAGCAAAACUGCAGAGCAUGCCAGGGAGGUGUCCCAGCUCCGUGGCAAGGCGUCUCAAUUGCAGACAGAGAUUGAUGUUCUGAAACGGCAGCUGACCUCUGAGCGCUUUGAACGUGAAAGGGCACUUCAGGAAAUGCGCAGACAGGGUCUGUCAUUCUCCACCCUGCAAACCUCAUCCUCCAUCAGUGCCUCCAGUAGCCCUCAUCACAUCUCCCCAGAACGCUCCAUCCUCCGAUCUCUUGAUCGCUCCACUGACAAACUGGCAGACAAGAGCGUGAGCUUCAAAGACUGACUGCCACAAAAAUAAAAUGAAGGAACCGACGAGCGAGUCAGAAACUAUUAGAAGCUUGUGAGUGACGUCUUGAGUCUGGACAUAAAAAGUGAAGGCCUCUGCAGACCUCAGCACAGUUAAACGUGCAGAGUACCUCAGCGAAACUGUAUUGCUCCGUUCAAUAAAAGUGUACCCAGGACUGAAAUAGGUGGUGGUGGUUGUGCACUAAAGGUAAAAACUGUUCUAACAUUUUUAAUUUCUGAAUUCUUUACUUGAACUGCAGAGUAUUUUGUACAGCCACUGAUUUUUAAAACAAACAAACAAAAAAAAAAAGUCAUGAAUUAGUCCCUGAAGUAAUUUUGUAUUUUGUUUGAUGUUCAUGUUUU